CAGGGAGGAUCCACCUGGAGUCCGCCGUGACAGGUGACCGACUUCAACCACCAGCUGCUUUGGUUCCAGCCGGGAAUCUCUGGACCGACAGCUGAAGCCUGGUGGGCGUGGUCUCCGAACAUGUGAGACGUUACGCCAUAACGUCACAGAUCAGGAAGGGCAGUAUCUUGACAGCGGAACGAAAAACAUUACGCCUGUGUGUUCAUUUGAAACAGCCAAAUAAAUAAAAUUCAGCUCCAAAGGCAAGAGCUCAUUUUGGCAGACAUGUCAUACGGCAAAGCAGAGAGCUACCGCCCUGUGCCACGGGACUUCAACACCCUCAUACAAACAUGCAGCUCCAACAUCCAGAAGAUCACACAGAACACUGCUCAUAUCAAGAGCAUGGUGAACCACCUGGGGACCAGACAGGACACCAGUGAACUCCAGGAUCGUCUGCAGCAGAUGCAACACUAUACUAACCAACUGGCAAAAGAAACCAACAAGCAUCUGAAAGAGUUGGGAUCAAUCCCUUUGCCCUCAUCCCCCUCAGAACAAAGGCAGCAAAAGAUCCAGAGGGACCGGUUGAUGAAUGAUUUCUCAGCAGCUCUCAACAACUUCCAAGCAGUCCAGCGGCGUGCAGCAGAGAGGGAAAAGGAGUCAGUAGCCAGAGCGAGGGCUGGAUCCCGCCUAUCAACUGAAGACAGUUCACGGGAUGAAAAGCUUGUUUCUUUUGAUAACCAAGAGGAUUGGGGUCAGAUGACCACCCAGACAGAGGAAUUGGCCGUCACAGAGGAGGACCUGGAGCUCAUCAAGGAGAGAGAAACCAACAUCAGACAGCUAGAGUCUGACAUCAUGGAUGUAAACCAGAUCUUCAAGGACCUGGCAGUGAUGAUCCACGAUCAGGGAGAAAUGAUUGAUAGCAUUGAGGCAAAUGUGGAGAAUGCUGAAGUGCAUGUAGAACGAGGAACAGAGCAGCUCCAGAGAGCCAACUACUACCAGCAAAAGUCUCGGAAGAAGAUGUGUAUCCUUGCUAUGGUUGGUUCCAUCGUACUCGUAAUACUUGGCAUCAUUAUCUGGGAAGCUGCUAAGUGAGUUGACUCCACACAACCAGUGUGGCACUACUAUAUUUUACUCUGCCACCUCUCACCUACAAGUACCUGCUUGGAAUCAUGAAAAGUGCAAGAAGAGGCUGAUCACUUCGUUAAGGUCAGCGGAGUAAGUUUAUGCAGAGGGCUGGUCGGUGUGGAAAACAUACUCAUCUGAUCUGACCAAGCCUGUUUCUGUAAAAUAGCUGAAAAACAUGAAAACUGAGAAAUAGAGGGUGUAGGACUGAGGGGCUCUAGAGGCCGAUUUAAGAUCUGAGAUUCCUUAAUUUGCCUCAUUCAUUAAUUUCUUGUCUUAUUUACUGCACUAACACUAGUUGUCACUGUAUUUCAAAUGUAAAAAUGAUAUUGGGAAUGGUUUCAGAAUAGGCAAAAAAAAAUAAAAAAACACAGCUUGUUAAAGUGAAUAAAUCUGUGGUUUUUAGGGGUUGUAAAUUAUUUUUUUGUUACCUGUUGCUGUGUUACCUGCUGAUGUAAAGUGUGUGGAGUGCCACAGGCUCUGCUUUGACUCUUGGCCUUCACAGUAACGUUACAUGGGACUUUUAUGACUUCUGGUGGUGAAGGCAGAUGUAGUUGUACUAUCUAUGUUGUAAAAUGACAGCUCUAACAGAUUACCAAUAUAAAUCAAAUCCAUGUCUGUAAAUAUUACAAAGUGCUGCAUUAUAUUCUGCUAGGAUCAUUAUGAAUGAUAAAUAAUGACAGUAACUCAAAAAUGAAACUCUGGUCUUCAAACAAAACAUAUUUAAAUUGAUUUCUAUGACUCCUGACAGUAUGCAUAAUAAAUGUUUUAAACUCUUUUAACACUC